AUCAUCUCUCUUUGGAUUCCAUAUACAAAUCCCCGAGGCGCCCUCAAUAUUUAAAUCCUCAUUCAAUCACUACAUUCGGAAUCUCUCUUUCCAGUAUCAGCUCAAAACGAAAUCACCUGCCUCCGAUUUAGUAUAUGAUUGAGAAUGGAAAUGGAUAACUCUGAUAAUAAGGACUCUUCGCAAUGUGUAAGAGUUGCUGUGAAUAUUAGACCACUGGUUACAUCCGAGCUUCUCGUAGGAUGUACUGACUGCAUUUCCGUGUUUCCAGCUGAAAGUCAGGUCCAGAUUGGAUCGCACUCCUUCACGUUUGAUUACAUUUUUGGGAGUGGGGGGUAUCCAUGUUCGCGCAUAUUUGAUGAAUGUGUUGCUCCACUUGUUGACUCUCUCUUCCAUGGCUACAAUGGCACAGUGCUUGCCUAUGGCCAGACCGGGUCAGGAAAAACUUACACAAUGGGUACAAAUUAUCAUGGAGAAGAGCAUCAAAAUGGUGUCAUUCCUAAAGUAAUGGAUACCAUUUUUUCAAAAGUGGAGUCUAUGAAAGAGUCCAAAGAGUUUUUGAUCAGAGUAUCUUUCAUUGAGAUCUUCAAGGAAGAUGUGUUUGAUUUGCUGGAUCAAAACAUACCAUUUGUGUCCAGAAAUGAUGUGCCACCAGUUGUGAAGUCUACUUGUCCUGCAAGAGUUCCCAUUCAAAUUCGAGAAACAGUGAGUGGAGGGAUUACACUUGCCGGAGUAAGAGAGGCAGAGGUCAAUACAAAAGAUGAGAUGGCAUCAUACUUAUUGCAGGGUUCGGUAUCUCGUGCCACUGGGAGCACAAAUAUGAAUAGUCAGUCAAGUCGUUCACAUGCCAUCUUCACAAUAUCUAUGGAGCAAAAGAGAAUAACCAGUUCUUCAGCUGGAGAUGAUGUGGCGGAUGAAAUUUUGACUGCUAAACUACAUUUGGUUGACCUUGCGGGAUCUGAGCGUGCAAAACGAACAGGUGCAGAUGGAACACGCUUACGCGAAGGCAUCCACAUUAACAAGGGAUUGCUUGCGCUUGGUAAUGUCAUAAGUGCCUUGGGUGAUGACAAGAAGAGAAAAGGAGGUCAUGUUCCUUAUCGAGACAGCAAGUUAACACGUUUAUUGCAGUUACGAGUAGAGCUGUGA